CACUUUGAUCAGAGAUGACUGAUUUCUAGCUUUCGCUGGCAUGCCCUUAUGAAAGGUCAAUGUUUCGCACGAGACAGUAUUUGAAAACUUGACAGCCUUGACAGACGGAGAAUGACCUCCUAGCUCCCGAAGAUGAAACAGCUGGCGGCAGUCUCCCAAGGACCAGGCAGGUCCAUCCAUCGUCCCAAUUGAGUUCGGACAGCACGAAGACCUGGAGUCUCUGUACACAGUAGUUUCUCGACAUGGACCGACCGACUUUUGCGCCGCAAGUUGUGCCGUCCUGCCAAAGAUCUUGUCGUUGCUUUCUCCCCUCUGAUUCGUUAGCCACGUCCAUCCCGUGUUAGAGUCCAGUCGACGGUUUCCCCUGGGCCUACCGAGCCGGAAACCCCCAAGGGAAGCCGCCUAACCGGGUUCGUGGAGGCGGAGACGGCGACGGAUACAGGGGGGAGGAAUAUGCACAUUACAGAAGAAGAAAGCGGGCUGCUGCUGGUCAUCGCGACUAGUUUCCCAUUGACUGGAAUUGGGGUUUCAUGAUGCGGGAUGCUGAACCGCUUCCGAUUUGUGGUGCGGUCGCGAAGAAACGACGGACAGCAUGUGUGUCUUGUGGCAGGUGCUGACUGGGCGCAUGUGAUGUAUGUCCACCCGGCACCCGCUGUGCCUUAGCUGGCACAGGCAUCACCUCACGAGGGGUGGGGGGACCUGCUGCCAAAGUCGAGCCCGGCACUCCCCAGACUGCUGCGAUCCAAAUCACAUGCAGCUUGGGUAGAGGGGGAGGGGCUUCCACCAGCCGUGCAGCGCCAAUGACAUGCAUGCUCCAUACCUACCUCACAGCUUACCUCACACAGGAUGCCUGCACUGCGUCGCACAUUGUCCUCGCAAACAUCAAGAAAGGGCACCUGAGCUCUCGAACAAAUACACGGCUUACAUCUCACGACUCUUGUAAGCUUCGACACCUGCGAGAGAAAGUGCUUCGUUAAAGCCCGUAAGCACCGCACCGCAACGCCAGGCGACUGUUAGCCAAAAACAAUGACGUGACCCUCGACACGCCGACAUCCGAGCAAACGAAACAAACGCCGGCGCAUCCCGUCUUAUCCGUCACACCACCGCGCCCAACACACUAACCACUACCACACUUCUGCACUCAGAGUCAACGAACGUCAACCAUGGAUGAGUACAUGACUGACCACUUCAUGACCCGCGACGAUGUCUCCGAUCAUCAGCAGCCUCAGCCGCAGCCGCCUCCGACCGUUGUGGUUGACGAGUGGCCGCACGACUCUGACGUCAGCGAGACCUCUCCGUCAAAGAAGUCGCCCAGCGGCCUGCGCUCGCGCAUCGCCAACAACCUGAGCAAGAAGACCAGCAUUCAGGACCGCCUCGUGGAGAAACUCUUACAGCAGGUCAUCCCCGAGAGCUCCGAUGGCCUCACCGGCGGCGAUGAUGCCCUGGCACCGGGUUUCCCCUCGGACAAGACCUCUGCCUUCUCCCAGCGGCCCAACUUCAACAUUACGACCAUGUCCAAUAACUUCCGCCGCUUCAACGCCCGUAUCGGCGUCAUGUUCAAGUUCCAGGCCCGCGUCGCCCGCCUCCUCAGCUGGCGCCAACCGACUCACACCCUCUCCCUUCUCGCCGUCUACACUUUCGUCUGCCUCGACCCCUACCUCCUCACCGUGGUCCCCCUUGCCGGCUUCCUGUUGGCUGUCUUCAUCCCCUCGUUCCUCGCCCGCCACCCCGCCCCGCCUUCGGGUACCCUGUCCUCGGAGCAGUCCAUCGGCUACUCCCCGAAAGGCCCACCCCUCGCCCCGGCCCGGACGGUGAAGCCCGUCAAGGAGCUCAGCAAAGACUUCUUCCGCAACAUGCGCGAUCUCCAGAACUGCAUGGACGACUUCUGCGUCGCUCACGACGGCGUCGUCAGCACCGUCCUCCCCAUCACCAACUUCUCCAACGAGGCACUCUCCUCCGCCCUCUUCCUCGCCCUGACCGUAACCACCGUCCUGAUGACGACCUUCGCCUCCCUCCUACCCUGGCGCCAGAUCGCCCUCGUUGCCGGAUGGGGCCUCAUCCUCUCGGGUCACCCGGCCAUCGCUCCACUCCUGACGCACACCCACGACACCCACGUCGCGCCGCACGAGGCCCGCGCCCGCUCGCGCCUCGAUGCCUGGAUUGCCGACGACAUCAUCCUCGACUCGGCCCCGGAGACGCGCGAGGUCGAGAUCUUCGAACUUCAGCGCGCUUCCCACGACGAGUGGGAGCCCUGGCUCUUCUCCCCGUCCCCUUACGACCCUCUCUCCCAGCCGCGCAUUGCCGGCGACCGCCCACGCGGCACCCGCUUCUUCGAGGAUGUCCUGCCGCCGGACGGCUGGGUCUGGUCCGAGAAGAAGUGGGCGCUCGACCUGUGGAGCAGGGAGUGGGUCGAGGAGCGCAUCAUAACAGGCGUCGAGGUCGAGACUGAGGGCGAGCGCUGGGUGUACGACAUGUACGACGAGAACGGCGCCUUCCAGGGCGGCGUCGGCGUCAUGGACUCGCCGACCACGAGUAAGGGCAAGUCAAGGGUGGCCAAGACGCCGACGCCCAGCUGGGAGGAGGGCGAGGACGGCACGGGCCAGAGGGGUGAGUGGAGGAGACGACGUUGGGUGCGCCUCGUCAAGAGGAGGGCCACGACGAGCUCUGCUUGAUGGCGUGGUGGCCGUGGAGGUCGUGUUUGUAAUAUAGUAAUGAGAAAUGACAUGAGCACGAUGAAAUCCUUGAUCACCUCGCUUUUGCUUCUGUGCGUUCCUCUUGCCCCCACGGCACAUUUCCAUCCCCCGCUAGGCAGGUCCAAACAUCUCAUUUUUGAUGAUGUACCUGUGUAGCGGCGGGUACACACUACCGGGAACACCAGGGGACAUUCGUACAUGUACGGAGCACGCGUGCUCAAACCUCCGCGGGGAUUCUCUACCAAUUUCCUACCCCUACCGAGCACCAUGCUCGCCCCUUAUUCACGGGGAUCGGCCUCACAGGCUGGGACCAUGGAUAGCAACAGCGGCAUCAUCAUGAAAUACGUUCUCUUUUGUCAUUUGAAGUUCCGGAUCACCUAGCCUUCGGGGCAUGUGUGUCCGUGAUUUCGAUCUCUGUAGCUCUCUAACACACAUACACAAAGUGUCUAGAUGCAACCAUCCGCCGUGUCACCAAGCGGACAUGCAAGGUGAAGAUAAAGUGCCCGUCGUUCCGCUCCCAGGGAAAGAAAAGAGGGAAAGAAAAGAGCUCUUGCUCGUGAUCGUCGUUGUCAAUAAUCCUCCCUUGUCCAAAGCGCGCUUUCUUGAUAUGAACUCUCCCCUUUCCCAAAAUUCUCUAAAUCGGCCUUUUUGACCCUGCUUGGGGGUAUGAUUUCGUUCCGCCUAACGCAAAAAAACAUAAUUGCUCAUUCCAC